AUGACUCAAGAACUCGCGGAAUAUCAAUUCAAGUUAGAUCAAGUAGACGAGGCGCUUGCAAAAGACCCGGACAACCAAGAGCUGGGAAAGCUCCGAGCAGACUUGAAAGAGCUCAUAGCCCUCUUUGCAGGCAUAGCGGAGGAGGCCCCUGCUACCAGCAACAAAGAGUCAAAGAAGAAGCGCGGCGGGGGCGGAGGAAACGCACAACCAGCAGCAGGGGCUGUACGGUGGGAGGUAGGCACGCAAGUGUCCGCCAAGUACAAAGGAGAUGGAAACUUUUACGAAGCUGUUGUGCACGGUGUACCGGACGCUGACGACGAUACAUACACCGUCGUCUUUGCUGGCUACCACAAACCGGAACCUGUAAAAGGCAGCGAUAUCCGGUAUUCCGCGCAACCUCCCACCUCCAUAGAGGACGCCGCUCGUGCCGCCAAACCAAAAAAAGUGGAAGGACCCGCUGCUCCCGUGACGGAGGCCACCAUCGCAGCUACCAAUCCAGACGCAAUCAAAAAGAAGAAGAAGCCUUUCAAACCCCGCGAUCCUACUCAGCCCACGAAAAAGGAGCAGGAGCAGUCGUCGAAACAGCAGGCAUGGCUACAAUUUGCGAAAGGAGGGUCCUCAUCGGGGUCUGGAGCAGAGAAGAAGAGGAACAUCUUCGCCACUCCAGAUGAUCCUAUGGCCAAAGUGGGCGUCGUUGGCAGUGGGAAGCCUAUGACUCAGUUCCAACAACGAGGGAAGCACGUCUUCCAAGCAGAUUAG